AUCGAUUCUACGUCUUUCACGACAGGUUGGCCAAUCCUCGUCUAUCCCAACGCUCCUGAUUUACUUACACAACCUGAUGAUAUUUUCUAUACAAGAUGCGGACAUGUCUUUCAUUUUAAAUGCCUUAGCCAGUGGCUAGAGAGGUCAAAAACUUGCCCACAAUGCAGGGAAAAAGUAACGCACAAUCGUAUUCACAGAUUAUAUCUGACUGUGUCGAACGAAACUACGGUGGAAAGUGAUCCUUAUACCCAAGAUAAACUUGCGAGCCUCAAGUUUCAAAUUCUGUUGAAAGAAAAGGAUAUAAAUUAUUUCAUGUCCAAAAACAGUACGUUAGAGAAACAAAAUGCAGGCCUGAGAAGGGAGGUAAGGAAAUUGGAGAGCGAAACCAAAGAGAAAAACUCUGCUAUAUAUGCGUUGAAGGAACAGACCAAAUAUUUUAAGGAACAACUCGUGGGAUAUGAAAGCGCCAAGAAAGAAAUUAUACAAUUGAAGAAAAAACUUGAAGAACUGAGAAAUAUACAAAUGUUAUUGGACGCACCAAUUGAAGACGUUAAAGAUAUAAUUGGAAGGGAUAAAGAUCCUGCUACUCUUCUGACAUACAUAACCAUCAUGAAAAAAGAAACUAUAUCUAAUUUGAACAAGAUCAAAUGUUUAAAGAUUAAAAUGAAGAAUCUUCAAGAUGAACAUGCCAAAUUAACUAUGACAUCUUCGCAAUGUUAUUCCAACAACAGAUUACUCAAAGAGUUUACAAAUUGUAAAAAAGAAAAAUUGGCGUUACAAACGAGAGUCAACGAACUCGAAAAGAUUCUUGGUAUUGCAGAAAGUUCCGAUCAUGUGGUUACGGGCACACUGAAAAAUGUCAAAGGAAAAGAUGAAGUUACGCAAGAGGAAUGCUUGGUUAGUGCUACAUUAAAAAAAUCAGUUGUUAAGAAGAGGACGCAUACAAUUUCUUCUCCGACAAAGCAUAACAGAGAACAUAUUGUAUCAAAGAGUAAUAUAGAAAAGAACGAUGCGUCUUCUUCGAUCGUAGAGAUAAUGGAUAAUGAAUGCUCGAAAAACUAUUCCAAAUUAAGGAACUUGGACAGUGAUACUUCUAUACCCUUAAAGAAAACUAGGUUCUCUAAAAUGCAUGAGAAAACCAAUGAUGAAAAUGAUGUGCUUCUUGAUAAUAGCAUUGAAAAUCUAUUACAUAUAUGUAAACAUGCUGAUACAAGUACAAAUGCGGUCUCGAAGGCAUUUAAAGAAAAAAAUGAAAGAGAAAAAUCAAGUAAAAUGAAACAUCAUGAAGACAUUAUCGAUUUAACAUAAUACUCUCUUGCAUACACGUGAUUAAUCGUAAUAGUAUUCCUAAUUCAUAAUUUUUUUAUAGUACAGUAUUUUUCACUCCUGAUCUGAUUUGUUGCCCAACUAGUAAAUUAAGGGAUGUUUUGACAAUUGAUACGUGCAUGUAUGCGUGCGUGCGUGCGUAGAUAUACAUCAUUAUGCAAAAGCAAAAAAAACUAUAGUACCUUUAUCAAUAAUAAUAACGGAGAACAUAUAUUUUUCUUAUAUAUCGUCGUUGUCGUCGUUGUCAUCGUUGUCGUCGUCGUCAUCAGAUGAGAGGAAAUGCUGCUCCAACGAAAUUUUCAUUAUUUCGUUGCCACGUAUACGUUUGGAUAUUAAAUUUAUGCCCAGCGAAGGAGAUUCUGCACUUUGCAUUUGGUCUGGCAUAAAAACAUAGCGUAUAAACUGCCAUAUCUAAUUCUGGUAAUGUUCCAAUGAACAUAGUCGACGCUUUAUAUUGCUCUUUAUAAUUGAAAUGUAAUUUUGCGAGUGCAGCUUUCUGGAAAAGGAAAUUUCUUUAUUAACGAGUAUAGUAGGUAGAUACGAGAAAGAUUUUCAUUUUAAAAAUAACUGACAUUAUCGAGAAGAACUUUGCGCCCAUAACCGAGAUAAUUGAGAUUAUUUAAUGAUUCUUGCUUAGCAAAAUAGAUCCAAUUGUGUAGGCCGAC